ACUUCUUCCAGUCUCUCUUGCUCACAGAGAGAGAGAGAGAGAGAGAGAUCCAUGGUCUUAGAGACGCAUAAGGUACGUGAAUUUAAUGGAAGUUUUCUAUGACUGGGUUCAGAUCGUUUAGAACAACGAUUCAGCAUGCAUUCAGAUAUGUUGAAAUAUGCAUCUAUCUUUGGUUGGUGCUGCGUAUAUAUUAUAUUAGAUUUUUUUCAUCUGUGAGUUAUUUGGAAUCUGUGCUUGAACAGCGUCCUGUUGACCACUGAGGAGUGCCUGAACUGCUCAUAUCAAGUAUAAUUUGAUCCAAAACAUUUAAUUUUCACAGCUCAUUUGGAUUCUUAUCGUGCUGUAUUUUCCUUGGUGCGUUUUGGAAAUGAUUUGGAGGUAAAGAGGGAGUAGAAAAUCGAGGAAUUUGGAAUUGAUUUAUGGUGAUGAUUUGCCUAUGGAACCCAGAUCUCCUUCAAAAUUUAAGCCAUCAUUCAUGGGGUUUUUUCAAUAUAGACGAGUCUUGAAAAUUAGCAUUAUCUUCAUUCUAGUUGUGCUAUUACUGGUUGGGGUUUAUCAUGCCUUUGAUAUCGGUGGGGUGGGCAAGGUGCUAAGAAAGUCAUACUUUAGUGUGGUUAUAGACUGUGGAAGCACGGGGACGAGAGUGAACGCGUAUGAGUGGACGAUGAAGGAUGAAAGUGACUGGGACCUGCCUGUGUUGGUUCAUGAGUAUCCUGGUAAUUCAACAGAGACCCCUCUUUGGAAGAGUGGUUGUCAGUACCACUGCAUGCAGACAGAGCCUGGCUUAGAUAAAUUUGUCGGCAAUCUUUCCGGAGUGAGAGCAUCUUUGGAGCCAUUGAUUCUAUUGGCAGAACAAUGGGUGCCAGAGGGAAGGCAUGGAGACACUCCCAUUUUUGUUCUAGCUACUGCUGGUUUAAGGAGGUUGCCAAUUGAAGAUGCUAAGUGGAUUUUGGAGGCUGUGGAGGCUAUUGUAAAGGAACACAAGUUUGUCAACAGGAAAAGUUGGAUAAGGGUGUUGAAUGGGAAGGAAGAAGCUUACUAUGGCUGGGUUGCUCUGAACUAUAAAAUGGGAAUGCUUGGAAAUUCCUCAAGGUUGCCGACUUUGGGACUGCUUGAUUUGGGAGGUUCGUCAUUGCAGGUGGUGGUGGAAGUGGAUGAGCCAAUGGAAGAUGAGCAAUAUGUGAGAUCAAAGAUUGGUCUGGUUGAGCAUAAGAUCCUGGCAUACUCAUUCCCAGCGUUUGGUCUAAAUAAGGCAUUUGAUAGGACAGUUAUUAUGCUCAGUCAAGUGCAAUCCCUCAGAAGAAGUGCUAGUGGUAGAUUUGAGCUGAGGCAUCCUUGUCUUAGUUCUGGGUUUGUGCAGAACCAUAAUUGCUCUGAUUGCAUUAGACUAAAUUCUACCAGUUGGCCGAAUACAGGUGGUAAGUUGUGGGAUAAUGAAUCAGCUUCAAUAGAUCUUGUUGGAGAUCCAGACUGGAAGCAAUGCCAUGGACUGGCAAGGGCUGCUGCCUCUAAUUCAAGUAGUUCAGAUUGGUCAUCACUAACAGGCACUAGUAUACUUAAUUUGACUGCAGUUUCCCACUUGGCUACACAAUUUCAUGCGUUAUCUGGGUUCUUUGCUGUGUACAGCGAGUUAAACUUGAGUCUAAGAGCAAAUUUGACAGAUAUUUUGGGGAGAGGCCAGCAGUUAUGUUUAAGGUCAUGGGCUGACAAAAGCGUUUCUAGAAACCAAAUUUAUGCUGAACAGUAUUGUUUUCGGGUGCCCUACGUGGUUUCUCUCAUUGAUGAUGCCCUCAGCAUAGGCAAUGCAGAGAUAAUUUUUGGUCCUGCAGACAUUUCCUGGACAUUAGGAGCUGCAUUGGUUGAAAGGGAAUACUUAGCAAGUACCACCAAAAUUGAUACUGGCAUUUUAUCACCAAAAAUUAAAAAGGUCAUAUUUUCACCCAUUUUGAUAUUUGUUUUACUUCUAUGCCUUCUGUUUUUCGUUUACUAUAGUCAAAUCAAGCUUCCUAUGCUGGGCAAGAAGCAAUCGGCUGUUCGUGUUGGAGCAUCUUUGCCAUCUUACAUUUAUCCAAAGCAAUGUCCAAACUAAGAUCAGCUGCACAUAUAGAAGUGGUGGUCUGGCAUAUGGUGGAAAGGGUCAACAAGAUCAUGCAUCCAACAGUAGGCGUCUAGGCAAGCUUCAUAGCACAACCUUGAAAAUUUUACAAGAUCAUGGAAAGGAUCAAGAAGACCAGUAAGGACAUUGAGGAGGCAGCUAUUAGACAAAGGAGGAGCCUGAGGACAUCCCAUGCCUCAAGGCUCCUACAGCAUUAGCAACAAGGCACAAGUGCUCAUGAGAUUACAAGAACAUGCAUUUUUUGAAUUAAGACGGCAUGUCAAUCUCUCAACAUGAACGAGGAGAAUCAUGUCCGCAGCAUCUGCACAG